AUGGAAGACAAGGACGAUGACUUCUUCUCGGAUGAUGGCCUCGAGGAUCUGCCUCCCAGUACAUUAUUGCAGCUGGAGCAGAACGCGUAUCUAGCUACACAGGCGCAAAAACCAGCGCAAUCAGAAGCUUCUAUUCACACUGUUCCUACUUCACAUGCGCAAGUCGACCGACAAUUUGCGGUCGCAGAAUCCCGAUCAAUACCUAUCAAUGCUACGUUGAAACCGCCUGCGCGUCUACACACCGGUCUGACGAACGAUUACGAUUCUCUGGAUGUGGGUGAAUUUGAUGCGGAAGUGCUCGAUGGUGAUUCUGGAUUUCCUGUUGCCCUGGAUCAGCCGCCUGCUUCGGCAGGACAAGCUGUUCCUCUCCGCAAUGAGUCCGCCUUAGAGCCUAUGGACAUUGAAGAAGGACGGGGAAACCCGUACCAAGCCAAUAUCUACGAGGCUUACAAUGCGCUGGAGGAGAAGAUGACGGAAGAGCUGGCGGCUGCCAAAUCGAUGGCCGAGACAAAAGCGGGAGAAAUUGCCAUCAUCCGAGCGAACCAAGCGAAACUAGUCGAGAACUAUGAUCGACAACUGGCUGCUUUGCGCAAGGCUAUGGCGGAGGAGGCAGCCAAGCAUAAGGAGGAGGUAGAGGCAGCUCGAGCCGAAGGCGAACUACUGGCCACAGAAAAUGCGUUUCUCAAACAAGACCUAGCCGAAGAAACUAUGCGAAUCAACAAUUUGAAGGCAAAGAGCAGGGCGGAGGACAAAGCGCCGCCCGUAACGCCCAAGAAGACAAGAGUAUUACCUUUUCGCGAUGGAUUCGACGAUGAUGAAAUCAUGGCGAUUUCGCCGAGCAAGUCCGCAAAAUCAAAGCGGACAACCCCCACGGGGCCUGGAAAGAAGAAAAGGAAGCUCGAUUCUGGCAGUCCCACACCUCUGCCACUAUGUCAGCCAGCCGAGCUUGUACCUGAGCCGCCUGAGGACUUAUUCGACGAGGAGAUGAUGGAUGAUGUGAUGGUUGACGAGCCAGUCCCCCGCAGAGAGGACCGGAAUGCAGAACUCAUGAAAUCCAUUCUCAACCACAAAACAUAUCCCAACGAGGAAUGCGAUAUAGAGGUAUUAUCGCAAAUGGCGUUUCCCUCAGAACCGCGACGGAAGCUGUCUACGAUUGUCCUGGAGGAAACAGCAAGGUUGCACUCGGGCAACUAUGUGGUGGAAUAUGCGCAAGUCAUCGCAUCGCUAUGGUCCCGGGCCCUAAAGGAGAAGUUCUUCAAGCCGGUGCCGAUGUUCAUGGAGAUUACCCACCACCUGUUAGCAUUGGAUGCACCGUCGUGCGUCCCAGACAUGAUCGACCAUCUUGUGCCAGUGCUACAAGAGUCGGGAGAUAUCAACGGGAUUCCUCGUUUCAGAAACUCGCCCGUGUCGCGUCAGAACCUCGGCCAGGUACGGCAGACGCCGCUGUCCCAACUUGAAGUCCUUGUGGAUUCGACCGAAGCGCUAAGCCUGUUGUACCGCAUGGCGUAUCUCUGUAUACACAUGGAGCGCACGAUGGAGAGGUUCUGGCGGCACAUGCGCUACGACUUUGUCUUGAUGAUGCUGAAUUGCUCACAACCCAUUCGAGACAUCACCUUAAUGCUGAAUCUGCUUUCAACGAGCAUCCGAGCGGAGUCCUUUGGAUCGGUCCAGGAGACCCAGCAAGAUCAGCUUGCCAACGAGAAUUACAUUGUAGACCGUGUGGCCAACCUCUUGAGUGAGACACCACAGCCGGAUGAAGGGCAGCCUCCCUAUACUGCGGCGGACAUCUGCAGCAUGCGCUUGCAGGCAAUGUAUUUUCUCACCUCGGUAGCUUUUAAUCCAGUUGCACCGGCCAGUGAGCACGGAAGCUCCGUCAUUGCACAGCACCCAACGGUGCUUGCGCGGAUGAUACGAGCCAUGCAUGACGAACUGGAUGCACUCUACACGUAUCCGCCCGAGCGAGAUCUCCACGCGACCAUGGUCAACGGCCUCAUGCGCUUAGUCUACGGAGUAAUCCGUCGUCACAAGAACGUGGACCUGCAAUCGAAGUUAUGUCGAGUCGCUGGUGGGAAGCAAAAGUUUCUAGUGGUGCUGACACGGUUGGCGUUCAGCGAAGGACCGAUACUCGAGGGCGGCAUCGAUGACGAGACGGUGGAGAUGGCCCAUGAGAUCCUCGAUGAUGCCGUCACCCCUCAGGAAGCAGAAGCGCUCUUAGAGGCAUUCCCGAGUGCAAAGCGAGACGAUUGA